AACUGCCUGAAACUCAGCCUGCCGGGACCAGCCUACCCCUGUUGCCCACCCCCCUACCCCACACCUUGCCGGCUUCUGCCAGGGGAGUGUGCAGACAGCCCCGUUUGUCCGCGAUGAGAUGCGAUUCUGCUUGCUUUCUCGGGCAGUCACACGUCUGCAGCCAGGACCUGCCAGCUUGGGCUUCCGGAAAGACUGGGAAGGGGAGAGAGAUGGGACGGUCUGGGGAGCUGGAGUUCUGAGGCCGCUUGCCAACUCUGUGACCUUGGGAACACCGGCUUUGGGUGUCUGUGUGAGCUGGCGCUGGUCACCGGCUCUCUCUGCUUGGUCCUGAAGAGGUGGUUGCCUCUCCAUUUCUGACGCGCUUCUUCCCCAUGGAUCCACAACCGUAACCAUGGCGACGCGGGUGGAGGUCGGCUCCAUAAGUUCCCUGACAGGGGUGCCGGGCCUGGGCGAGCUCUCCCAGGAGGAGGCCCUGAAGCGGACCUACUUCCGCCAGGCUGGCGAUGCCCCCGGGCCCCCCUCGGCGCUGCUCUUGGAAGGAAAAAGCCCCCUCAGGAGCCCGGUCCGCCUGCUUCCUCUGCCAAGACUCGCCCCCAAACCCUUCUCCAAGGAGAAGGCCGCGGACGUGACACCCUUGUGGCCCAGCCCAGCCAGGCCGUCUCCUGCCGGGGGGCUCUCCCAGGACGUGGCCUCAGGGCGUCUGGACGAGAAGAUGCCGGGCCUGGCGGGGCAGGCGGCGGGGAGCGGGGACCGCCCGAGAAGCGCGUCUCUGUUCCCCAAGGCCACCAUCCCGCGGCCCACACCAAACCCCACGGUCUUCUUCGAAAGCACCAAAGCCGGACCCGCUCUGGGGCAGGGGGCCGGCCCAGGGGCUCGCGAGGCUGACACAGGUGUGUCUCAGGGACCCGCUUCUGCCCCCCGGCCUGAGGUGGCCGCCAAGCCUGCCCUGCCAGCCCGAAAGCCCGUGGGGAGCCUCCCCCGGCCAGCCUCCCUGCCUCAGGACUCCAGGCUGGUGGCCACCCUAGAGGAGACCGGCCCGAAGGAGCCUCUGUCAAAGGCCAGCAGCGUGGAGGAUGCUGGAGGCACCGCCCCGGAGCCGCCCAGGCCUCGUCCGAAGAGAAGGCCCGUGUCGGCCAUCUUCACCGAGUCCAUUCAGACUCCGAAGCCAGGCUCCGGCGGGGUGGCUGUGGCAGGGAAGCUGCCCCCCACCCCUCCCGAGAAGACGUGGGUGAGGAGGCCCAGGCCUCUGUCCGUGGACCUCACGGCCCGGUUCGAGAGCAGAGAGGCCUUGGCGAGGAAGGUGGCCGACGAGGCCACGUCAGGGCCCGCCUUCCAGCGGCGGGGACCCGAGAGGCUGGACCCAGAACCCAGGGUGGACAGGGAGUGUCUGGUCAAAGCAGAGGCACCUCCACACGACCCGGAUUCCGAUUUCCUGCAGGUGGCCCAGAAGAUCCAGGAACGGAAGGAGAGGCUGCUGUCCAAGCAGGGGGAGAUGGGCAGCCUCAGAACCAUGGGGGGCCUGGCCAGGGUCACCCCCACCGGUGCCCAGGGUCUUGGCGAGGAGCAAGCCAAGCUGGACGGGGAGCCAGAGAAGGCAGCCAAGGACCCCCAGUCCCCUCUGCCCAGGCCUGGAAAAGGCCAAGACAUGGCUGAGGUCAAGAGCAGAGAGACUGAUGGAGAGACCCGGGUCGGGGGAGAGCAGACCCCCAGGGGCAGCGUGAAGAAUCGCAUUGGUCUGUUUGGGGAGGAGGGCGCCUCGGCCUUGGCAGCGGGGUCUGAGUCCCCGCCAGCCACCCCCGAAUCCCCAGCCAUCCCGCCAGAGCCAGAGAAAGUGGGCGUGAGCGUCCAGGAGCGGAUCAAAGGCUGGGCCACCGAGAGCUCGGAAGCAAAGCUGGAGCUCAGGAGGAGGGCGGUCCAGACACGGCCACUGUCAGCGGACUUGACCAAACUGUUUUCAAGUGCAGCUUCAAGCAACGAAGUCAGAUAUGAGAAGUGUUUGGAGCUGAGCGGUGAGCUUCCCAGAGAACCAAGAGAAAAGCCAAAGGACAGGCAUGGUGUGGAGGGAACAUCCGUCACAAGAAGCCCCUGGAAGCCUGGUCCACCCCCGGAGAAACCCAGGCUGACAGAGCGGAAAGGCAGUUCUGACCACGUCCCCGGCGGCACUCGGGGUCACGGCAGGGUGGGGGCCCAGAGCCCUUCUGAGGGCACCCUGGAUGAUGACGGAAGCUUCCAGACCGUAUGGGCCACGGUGUUCGAGAAUCACGUGGAGAAGCACACCGUGGCUGCCCCCUUGGGACGCAGUCCCUGGGUCACGACCCCCAGGGACCUGGCCGAUGUCUCCGAGCCCAGAUCCAGGCUCCUUGGACCCAGAAGCUCUUUCCCGCAAAGCACGGCCCUGAAUCGAGAGUGGCUGGAAGCUCCUGACCUGGAGCGAGGCGGAGGGACCGCCUUCUCCAGCAGCGAGCCCAGACAGCAUCGCGCGUCCUCCCUGCUGGGAAGGCACCCUGGGGGCGAAAAGGGCAGCCAUCACCCCUUCCUCAAGCUCCCAGAGAGCGCCCCUGCGCCCCAGAGGGUUGAGCCCAGGUACGACGUCGUGCAUGCCGUUGGGGAGCGCGCGCACAGUGAGGCUGUGCCCACGGCACCCGAGGAGAAGGCCCUGACGCUCCGCAGCGGCCGGUCUCGGCCCCUGCUGUCCCAGGAGGUCACCCAUGCCGUGAUUCCUGCCGACCCCAGGUGUAGGCCGGAGGGCCAGGUGGGGUCCGUCCAAAGGGCCAGUUUGAUCUGGGAAGCCCGGGGGACUCGUGAGAUCAGUGGGUCGAAGCCCGAGUUCCACCGAGAGCCUAAGGACACACAUGGAGGCAGCUGCCCGUCAGCCAGAUGGACGGGCGGGGCGGCCAUGAGCUGGCAUAAAGCCACCGUGGGGCUCAGUGAAGGGAGAGGCUCCGAGCUGAGCCCCGAGGCCGCCUCUGCGAGGACCGUCCUGGAUGCCCAGCACCCGGGGAAUGAAGGGGCCGGAAUCCAGCCAGGAGACAGGGCUCCGCCCCGGGGGGCGCCUCCGGAGCCUCUUCCCAGGGCCAAGGAUGAAGCCGAUGACUCCCGAGUGCAGCCUCAGGCGGACAUGCCGGGGCAGACGGGGCCCUUGGCCGGGGCUGGCAGCCACGAGCCUGAAGCCAGGAGGCGGAGGGUGAGCCCCAGCGACCAGAGGCCGGACAGAUGGAGGCGGCGGACCCUGCCCCACGACGUGAAGUUUGACGAGUUCAGCCUCCUGCCCCCAGAGCACGCGUCCAGGGCGGAGCCGAGAGGGGGGGACCACCUGAACCCCACGGCCGCGGGUGCCUCAGCAAGGCCCCAGCUACUCCCGGGUCGGGAGGGGACCCGGCAGGGGAACCCAGGUGCGUCACUGGACCAGGUUCUUCCUGCAGCAAAGCAGGGGUCGCCUGUGGAACCCAAGGCGACCUUUUUUGCCGUGACCUAUCAGAUCCCUGACACUCAGAAAGCCAAGAGCAUGGUUAGGCCUGGGCCUGAAAACUGGACAGAAGCUUCUAGAAAAGCAGGCCCACCCCUAUCCUCUCUCUCUUUCACCCAUACCUUGGUUUCUCUGAACCGUGAAGAGCCGCUGGAGACCAUGGGCAGUAUAAACCGAGCCCCGGGCAGAGAACAUGAGCAUGCAAGCUUCCCAAAGCCUCCGAGGCCGACAGAGCAUCCGACGUCUCUCGGGGACAGGAUUCUGGGUCCCCCAGGUGAGAGGAUCUCCGACGCCGAUGCCGUGUGGGUUCGUCGGGUCCCGGAAGGCAGCAGCGGUUUUCAGAACGGCUGGAAGGAUAGCGGGAGCAAGACGUCCCCUGGUGGCUCUCCCCAAACACCCCCGGCUUUCAGAAGUCCCCCGAAAGCCAGCGAGCUCCUGGUCCAAAGGAAGACGGAGGCCGUGAGUGAGACGUUCCCAGGUAAAGCCAAGGCCGGCUACAGGUCCAGCGUCCUCGAUAUUGAUGCGCUGAUGGCCGAGUAUCAGAGACCGCCGGCCGGAAGCCCGCGGGAGGCUCAGGACUGGAUGGCGGGUCCGCCCGCAGAGCUCCGGGGCUCGGACCCCGAGAGGCCUGGCCCGCAGGGCGAGGCGGAUCAGAGACGGAGGAGUCUAAAGGAGCGCCCUGAAGCUGAGGCUCCCCAGAGACAGGCCGGUUUUGCCGAAACCAACCCCGGUUUCACUCCCGGCUCAGGCAAGUGCCUGGCAGAGACGCCGGGGGCAGCCACGCACAGGGUCAGCUCUCCCCUCUGGGGCCCGCCCCACUCAGCUCCUCCUGAGAAGUAUCCAGGGGCCUCUUCGGGCCCUGCCACCGGCCCCAGGAAAAAAGGCCUGGGGAUCCCUGAGGAUGAGAAAAAGACGUUUGUUAGUAAACAUCACAGCGCGAAGUGCCAGCAUCCCCCGGCGGAGUCAAAGCCCACCCCUGCCUGGGAGGACCCAAGCGGCGGGGCCAGGGUGCAGCCCAGGGAGUCCCCCGCUGACCAGAGGAAAGGGACCCCGAGGAAACCCCCGGGGAGGGGCGAGGAGAGCAGUGUGGCCCUGUGGGCCGACCACCCGCGGGACUUCGGAAGGUCACCACUGGAUGUCAAGAGGGCCUGUUCGGAGAAAGGGCCCCCUCUCAAAGUCCGAGAGGGCCUGUCCAUCAUGCAGGAAGCCAGAGAGAGGAGGCAGGAGCAGCCCAAAGGGAGGCCCAGCCUCCCCAGGGAGAGUGCGGAGGCCAGAGACACCAAGAUGGGGCUCUGUCGGCAGGAGUCGGGGAAUCGAGACAGUCAAAAGGUGUCACCGAGGGACCUGGGGAGGGAGCGUGCCCUCCCGGACAAUGAGCCUCCACGCCGGCAGGUGAGCCCCGCAGCCACGGGCCCCCGGAGGAGCCACAGCUUCUGCAAGGACAGGAGGAGCGGGCCCUUCGUGGAUCAGCUGAAGCAGUGUUUCUCCAGGCGGACCCCCGAGGCCAAGGACACCGACACCCUCGUGCAGGAAGCCGACAGUCAGUAUGGGACGUGGCCAGACCAGCGCCAGAGCGGGGAGAGCUUGGCCCCCGAGUCCCCGUCCCCGGACAGCAGUGCCACCUCGGCUUGGAAGCAGCCCCCCAGCAGCCGCCUGUCCUCGCUGUCCUCCCAAACGGAGGUCACCUCGGCUGGGGACCAGCACGACUGUUCCAGGGACCAGCGGAGCACCAGCGUGGACCGAUCCAGCACGGACCUGGAGUCUACUGACGGGAUGGAGGGGCCGCCCCUGCCGGACGCCUGCCCCGCAAAGAAGGUGGACGACUUCUCCUUUAUCGAUCAAACCUCAGUGCUCGACUCAAGUGCCCUCAAGACCCGGGUGCAGCUCAGCAAGAGCAGCCGCCGCCGCGCUCCCACCGCCCGCUCGCUCCGGCGCAGCCGCACCAGCGAGCCAGACGGCAGGUCCGCCUGGGAGGAGGAGCCCGACAGCGCGUGGAUGUUCCGGGACUCCACGGAGGAGAAAUCCCCGAGGAAGGAGGAGUCAGACGAGGAGGAGAGGACGCCCAGGGCCGAGAGGUCACCCGUCUGCAGACCUCAGAGGAUGCCUGUAUUUCCCGGCGUGGACCCGGCUGCACUAAAGGCUCAGCUGCACAAGAGGCCAGAGGCAGACAGUCCCAGCGAAGCCCCUGGCUGGGCCCCCCAGCCCAAGACCCCCAAGUCUCCCUUCCAGCCUGGGGUGCUGGGCAGUCGCGUGCUACCCUCCAGCAUGGAGAAGGAUGAGAGAUCGGAAGAGCCCUCUCCCCAGUGGCUGAAGGAGCUGAAAUCCAAGAAGAGACAAAGCCUGUAUGAGAAUCAAGCUUGAGCAGACAGGGGACACCGCCACGUCUAACGAACAAGCCUUAACUGUCCGAACCCGAAGACGAGGUCCCGCCGCUGCCGUUGCUUCCUGCACAUGCCUGGGUCCCUCUGGUCGGUCUGUCCGUCAGGUGGAGAAGGCGUCCCAGUGCCCGCCCCCCGCAGGCUCCCCCGAUGGAUCAGGGAGGAAGGCUCACCCUUCACAAGCCCGUGCACCGUCUCCGCAGACAGCUCUUCAGGCUGGGGAAGAGACCGAGCGGUCCAGAAAUGUCCAUGCUGGUGGUUUUGUUUUUUUGGGAUUUUUUUUUUAAACAUAAAAAUGUGCAUUUCUACGCAUUUUUAGACCCCUGCGAAGCUCCAGGAACAUGGAUAUAAAGGCUGGACCGUCUCCCCUGGGUUCUGAAUCAUGAAAGCGCCUCUUUCGCCCCUCACCCCAGGGCCGAUCUUUUUCAAAAGGACAUUUCCAAGGAAGAUGAACCCCAUUCAUUUCCUGCUGUAACCAGCGGUCCAGGCAGUACCACCGGAUUGCGGGGGUGGGGGGGGGGCAGGUCUCGAUUGCUCCUUUGGCGAAUUCCUUCUCCCUUUCAAAGAAAUCAGCAGUUCCAAUCUUUAAACACCCUGGCCAUGGUUCCUUCAAGUCUGUUUAUCCUCCCAGCGAGGCUGUGUGCAGGGCCGGCCUGUUGCCUUGUUCCUCCCAUCUGUUUGCUUCAGAAGGCGAUAAAGCAAUAAUCUCACCAACUUUCUCUGAAAUUCAGUACCUAUGUAUGUUUUCACGCUACAGAACAGGAGGAGAGGCGUGCGCGUAGUCUGCUUGAAGUAUCCGAUCAUCUCAGGUUUUCUUCUCCCCGCCCCCAAGCGUUUUAAACGGCCAUUGCCACGCUCGUGUACAUUUUGCUGGUUCCUUCUCGUGAGAGCUCCGAACUUCUGUGGGGUGACCUUCGCUCUCAAGGCUUCCAAAACCGGCAGCCCAAACGGCAGUGCCUUUCCCUCCCAGACAUCAGACCCGCCCCUGGAGUCUUUUUCUGCAGAGUCCUUUUCUGAACACGACCUGAGCUGCUGGCUGGCACGGAAGGAAGCGCUCCCCAUUGGCCUCAGGGCACACGGUGAAUGAGGGGUCCUUUGGCUUUGUUCUCGCCUCUCCUUUGUACCCACCUCCCCCCCCAGCCCCCCAGUCCUAGCUGACCAGGUGCUUUUUCUAGGUCCAAAUGCAGGAAGGGAGGGCCUUGCUGAAAGCCCGUCUCUGGAGGGGAGUCCUUCCACUCCCCUGACCCCCAGUCCAGGGACUCCAGACAGACCUGGAAGAUGCUGGGUAACCAGGUACAGCCUUGGCUGACCUCUUGUUCUUGCCAACUCUAAGCUCAUUCCCAGAAACCUCCAAGACCUCUGGGAUCUCCAGUCACUGUCUUACUGUGUCCUCUUUUUUUUUUUUUGAAAUUUCUGCACACUAGCCUCCUCCACCUCUUAGGCCCAAGGCUUCAGCAUACAUCCCAGAGAUGGCCGGCCCACCUGCCACGUCUGGAGUCGCCAUAAACUUUGUGCCAACCUUGCCCGGGAGCCGCCCACCUGAGAGAAGGAUGCUUGGGCAGGUCAUAGAGCCGCCCACAAUUGCUACGGGGCGUGGGGGCUGAGCUUGCUAAGUCUCUCUUUGAGAAAUCCAUUCUUUGCCGAUGUUGUCAAAUCACACCUCCCUUCUCCCUGGCCACCCGCUCCGUCCUUCAGUCUCUAUCGUCGCCCCAUCUCUCCUUCCUCUCUUUUCUCCCUUCACUGCCUCUUCCCUCUCUUGGAGGAUGGAGACCAAUCCUGUUGCUCUGGGUUACGACCAACACCUGGGCCAGAGAGGGGUUGUGGCUCAGACAGUGGACAGUGACUGAGGCGGAGUGGGGGGCCCUCCCCCACAAGUCCUGUGGGUUAGAGUUAGGACGGGCCGUGGUUGGAGCCUGUCGCCGGCAGCUGUGUGCUUCUGUGUCCGGAGGGUUGGUCCUGCUUGACCGUAGUUUGCAUCCUCUUCAUCCCCUGAGUUUGCAGUCAGUCCGUUCUCUCUCCGGCCAUUUGGGGAUUUAAUCCUUUCAGGAUCUGUGUCAGUUGAUUUUUUUGUCUUCUUUUUUUAAGAUGCAGUUCACCUUUUAUUCAUUGUGAUGCAGUGACUUUGCAGGUCAACAGGUCCCCUUUGAAAGGCACGCUGGGUGUGCCUUGACCCUGACCCCUCUCCCUGGCGGUGGUCUUCCCGUGUCUUUCUCAAGGCGCGGAGGCCCCUUGGUUCCGUCUCAGGCAGCGCGAGUGACCUGCUGUGUUCAGUCAGGACCCGCCAGGCUCAGUUCUCCAUCAGUCAUGUUUCAGCCCAAGUUUACCCUAGAGGAAAGGAAGAAACCCUCAAAAACGAGAUCAACCUGGAGAGCGUCUACCUAACCUCCCACUCCCGGACUGGAAAUAAAAAUCCAUUUAAUUCCUUGGUGACGAGGAUGGGCAAAGUCCAUCCCUUGAAACUGACCGCAGCAGCCUCAUCCCUCCCCCGCAGAGCAGACAGUCUCAGUGGGUCAAGGAGCCACCAGCUCAACGCAGGCUCCCGGGACCUCCGGCUCUGGCCGCGAUCUGUACAAUGACGUCUCCAGCGACCGCCGCUCUGCUGGAAGCCUCUGCAGACAGCCGGCUAGGCCAGUGGGUUCUUUUACGUCUCCUCUUUCUAAGCGGGGUGAGCCCUUGGGGGCCACGCAGGGGGUUGUAUGUAUGCUGGUUUCUUGAGUUCUCCUGGAGCUGCCUUUGGAAACCUGUCUCCUUUUCAACGGACUGAAUGAUGCCUUAAGCAUUCGUCAGCAGUCAAGUCACCCGCCCUCAUCCAGCCCUCCUUGCCUGGGCCUUUGGUGUUCUUUAAAUGACAGUUUUAUACAGAAUGCAUCCAAAAUAAGAUAGCUAGAUAGGUGAUUUUUUAAAAGUAUAAUCUCUCUUUCUCUCUCUCUCUCUCUCCCUCCCUCUCUCUCCCUCCCCUCUUCCCUCUCCCCACCCACUUUGCACAUCAGCAUUUUAACAGCUGCUCUUUUGAUGAGUGCAUAUCACUUUCCCCUCCAGUCGAUCCCCCCUCUUCAUGGUCUCUUGCCUAAGGUAACAGAUGCCUUUGACGUGUAAAAUUCCACGGCGAGGCCUCAAGAGUCAGUGUUGUGGAAAAUCCCUCAGCGCCACCUGAGAAACUCCGGUGGAAGAGAUGCGCCCGCCCUCCCCGCCCCCCAGUGUGUAGGACAUCGGGGGCUUUGAGCGACGCGCCCCGACAGCCUCCAGUUGCCUGGGAUUCGGGGAGAGGGCAGUCAGAUGGGGAGGUUUUGCAGGGGACCAGCCAAGCCGCAUGCUUCCAGUGCUUUCUUCUCUGCUUCCCCAGAAGAAGUGAGGCCAGCUCUGGGUAUUGGAAUGGGCCCGAGGCCCUCAGCCUCAGAGACUGUGCAGGUGAUUUGGAAAACCCUGAGGCAUGGUUUCCCCGAAGGAGAGCUCAGCUGCUCCGCCCGGUGCUGCUAGCUGCCUUGUCCGUUUAUGUCUCGCUUCGCGUCGCCCCCAGACAGCCCAGGAGCCGGGCGUGAUUGCAGUGCUAGCACCCUACAGACGUGUGGUCAGAUCUUCUCCAAAGUGAAACGCUGGCGUCCAGGUGACUCAGGUCCCGCGUGGAAGACAGCGUCCCGCCCGAGGAGAGGGCUCUCCAGGCAGCCUCCCUCCUCCUCCUCCCCCAUCCCUGUGGUCCUUCCCACACCACCCUGCCCCUUAAUGCGGGAAGCUGGACGACGAUGGCCUUUGUGUGAACCAGCAUUGCGGGUGAAGCCUAUGGGGAAGGGGGGGAAGGCUCUUUCCGCUGGGAAUUGCCCCUCCCUCCUAUUUCAGCCGUGGAGUUACUACUCGGACUGUGUCUUUCCUCUUUCGACGUGUGUUGAAACAGGAAAGGGAAAGAAAAGAAAAAAGCCCCAUGGCAUCUUGAUUCCAUGAGGUAGGAGGGACCCACCCCGCAUCUGGAUGGGAGUUCAUCCCGGGCUCCGCCCUCUUAGGGGACUGCUGGACUCUGAGUCCCGUGCUGAGAGCUGCCAGGUGCCACCGUGUUGGGAUUCUGGGCAAGGCAAGGGUCUGGAAACGCAGAACCACGUAGAAAGCCGGUAGGCACGAACGCGCUGGGUGUUGGCCAGUCUGUGUCUCCUUUGCUUUCCGCCCCCCGCCCCCCAUCACCCCUCUAGAGAUAUCUUUUGUCUGGAUUGGCUUCUGCGGGGGGGGGGGGGGCAGACCAGAAAGCCAGGUUCUUGGAAAGUCAGCCUGAGAUCUCUGGCAAGGUCACCCCUCAGCCGCUCCCCAUCAUCCUCCCCGAAUCCCCUUGUCUGUCACCCUCACACCCGGCACCACACCAUCUCAUGAAUCAGCCUGGCACUUUCUUAGUCAUCUCUGCUGGCGUCGUGCCUGCCUAAGAAAAAAUAUAUAUAUAAUGCCAGUUGUGUGAAAGAGUGAUCUCGUUCCACACAGCCUUAUAGAUCCUGUAAAUACGGGGCUUGUAAAAGUCAUCUGUUGUGUUACGGGAAAUAUUUUGUACUGCGUUGCUUCUUAAGUCAUAUCAGUAUCCUCCAAGUCCUAGACUUCCCCGAUGACUACGAUCCUUAGAAUGCUCUGUAAGAUGGGGGGCAGUGGAGAUGUGUAUAUAUAUACCUACACCAUUGUAUUUUCCUGACCUUCCUCCUGGGUCCCUUCCUCCAAUAUUUGAGUCACGAUCAAAAAGGAACUCGAGUCCUGUGUGCGGGAGAGUUGAAGCGUCCUGCCAACUGGUGUCCUCGCAGUUGCCUUAGAAUUCACGGACUCCAGGGGCUUUGAAUGGAAGGCGGUCGACCGGCACUUUAUUCAAUCCCAGAAAGGACCUCUAAUCAUGUGACUGAGAAUUCAUCCAGAAAAAAACAAAACAAAAAAAACUAUAUUUUUAACGUCAAAACCAACGGGGCUUCCCGGACCUCUCAGAGUAUCGGAUGUCUACAAGUGCUUUUCUAUUUUGUAACUGUAAAGAGAUUUCAUACGCACAGCAGAGCAGUUGGGAGUCUGGUCGACUGCCCUAAAACACAAUGACCUUUUGCAUGUACAAAGAUGUCACAUUCAGACUCUGGAAACAGCAAAUAAAGCUUUGACGCGAGCUGCCCUGGA